AUGUGUGCAUGCGACUAUGAUAAGUACACACAUGAGAUUGAAAACCAUAUCUAUAUAGUUAGUAAGUACUAUCCAAAAAUCAACACAAACAUUGGAUUUCUAAAAGCCAAAUGCAAAAAGGUUAAAGAAUACUUUAUAAACUAUUUUGAUAAGAAAGUUCAAGUAAUCAGCGAUAUGCUCAAUUUGAUUGGUGACAUGUCUUUGUUCAAUGGUUCUACAAAUAAAGUUAAUGAAUGUCGGCAGUGGAUUUACCAACAAAUCCAAUCAAUAAACUUUCUAAAGCAAACACAAGACAUUCAAAAUAGAAUUAAAACGGGUAAAAGUAUAGAUUCGAUAAACUUUGAUCGGUUAGUAAAAAAAUUUGUUGAAGAUUAUAAAAAAUCCCCAUCUAUUGAAUUAGAAAAAAACACUGUUUAUUGCAAAAUUUUAAAACAAACAAAAGAAGAUAAAUCAAAACAAUCAGGUGCAUUUAGUCGGACUAAACCCUCUGAUUUAGAAAGUCAAAUUGAUGAAUUGAAAAGAGAAAAAGAAUAUUUACAAAAUAAAUAUAGUGCAUUGGUAAAACAAAAAGAUGAAACGAUCACUGAGUUGACAGAAACAAACGAAAAAAUCAUAGAGCAAAUAGCAAGUCAUGAAAAAAAUUGCUCAAAAGUUAUUAAGGAUUUUGAAGAAAUAGAUCAAAAAUUUAUAAUUGAGAAACAAAGACAACGCAAAGAAUUUGAGCAAAAGCUUAAAGAGAUUAAACUACAAAAUGAACAGGAUACUGAGCAAAUUGUUUCUGAGACAAAAAAAUUACAAAAUGAAGUAAUAAGUUUAAAAGAAAACAUUGAAACAAAAAAAAAAGAGUGUAAUAACUUAAACCAACAAUUAGAUGGACUAAAGAAACAAUUAUACGAUUAUCUAAUGAUGCAAAAUAGUCCUAAAGGAGUCACAUUCAAAGAUAAACUGGAGCCAAACACAGAAUAUUUUAUUGUUCUUACAUCAAACAUCAAUGAGAAUAAAGUCUCUCUUCCUCGAGUAAAUCAAUGUAUGUUAGGAGCUAACCUUGAAGUUGAAUUAUACCAACACGACCUCCAACGUUAUGGUUCUGGCAAUCAAUUUACCAUUAAAGAACAAGGAUCGCAAUUGUCACAAGAAAAAAGGUGUGAUAUCCAGAUAAAAAUUAUUAAAAGUCCAGAGGACGAAAAGGAAGAAGACAAAGAAGAGGAGGUAACGGAAUGUACAGACAAUUAUCUAAAACAUCAAUUGAUUCAACAAAUAGUUGAAAUUCCUCUAAACAUUUUUUUAACAGGAGGGACAAUAGAAGUAGCUAUAGCAAAUAAUAGUUUAAUAGUUCCUAUUCCUGUUGGAGAAAGUGAAGGGUUUUCAUUAAGCUAUAAUUCUGUUUCCAUGGACAACGAUGGAAAUAUUAUAGAUGUUGUUUUAAAAACAAAAUACCUUGAGGACCCUCAUUAUCAAAGAGUGGGAGAUGACUUAAUUGGAUUUUUCCAAUAUUCACAAGAAAAUGCUGGUGCAAUGGCCCCAGUUCCUUAUAUUAUUGAGGGCCAAUCAUUAGGAGAAUUUGUUUUACAGCCUGGAAAAUUUAGGUAUCAAGGAUAUGGUUUUGCUUCACCAACAGGAACACGAGGAGAUUAUUGGUUGCACAUUGAACUUAUUUAA